GCCGGCAGGGAAGGCACAGUUUGCUGCUGAUGGGAGAAACAACUACAUAGCUUGAGCACCCCAAGAGCCCCAGGCCCCUGGGAAUAGUCAGGGACAGGGUGAAUAGCAAGGAUAGUGCCAAGCUAGAAUUUAGGUACUAUCCAGUGGCAAACAGGGCUCCUGAAAUUAGAGAGGGAGGGGGAACAAAGAUCGUGGGGAGUGUGGAAAUGGAGAGCAGCCAGCUCAAAAGAAUCCAAGCUUGGGAGCAAGCUGAGACAAGAGGAGAAGGGACCCAGAGAGGCAGCCAGGUGAGGGAAGAGGAAAAGCAUGUGCAGGUAGACGUAGUGAUGAGGCUCUUACCAAAGAGACCCCAAGCAACUUUGCAAAUGAGGGGAGCACAAACAGAAGGGGUGACGACCCAGCAAGAGAGGUCCCAAAGCCCCCAGGGGCACCAUGGGUUACCCCUGAACAGAGACGCUAAGCAGUCAAGGAAACCUGCGCACUACCUGGAGGUGCGCCUCAAGAUCAAAGACUAUCGGGACACCUGUAAGAAGCAGCUCUUCAACCUCAUUGCCUGUUUCUUUCGCCUCAUAUCUGGCAACCUGUCAUCUGAAGACACCAGCGAGACUGAGUUUGAACUUUCAACCAUUCGGCACCAGCCAGAAGGGCUAGACCAACUCCAGGCGCUGACCAAAUUCACCAAGAAAGAGCUGCAGUCCCUCUAUAGAGGCUUCAAGAACGAAUGCCCAAGCGGCUUGGUGGACGAGGAGACCUUCAAGCUCAUCUAUUCUCAGUUCUUCCCCCAAGGAGAUGCCACCAUGUAUGCUCAUUUCUUGUUCAAUGCCUUUGAUGUGGACCGGAAUGGAGCCAUUCGCUUUGAGGAUUUUGUCAUUGGGCUGUCCAUCCUGUUGCGUGGAACGGUGCAUGAAAAACUCAACUGGGCGUUCAAUCUCUAUGACAUCAACAAAGACGGCUACAUCACCAAGGAGGAAAUGCUGGCAAUAAUGAAGUCCAUAUAUGACAUGAUGGGCCGCUACACCUACCCAAUCUUGAGGGAAGAUGCUCCCAUUCAGCACGUGGAAAAAUUCUUCCAGAAAAUGGACAAAAAUCAAGAUGGCGUGGUCACGAUCGAGGAGUUUCUAGAAACAUGUCAAAAGGAUGAGAACAUCAUGAGCUCCAUGCAGCUGUUUGAGAAUGUGAUUUAGGAGGCUACAGAUCCCACCUCGUCUCUCCCGGCCCACAUAUUUCCUGGCCUGCACCUGGAUGAAUUUGUCCAUCUCUCUUGUGAAGCACACACACAUCUUUUGAGAAAACAAAAACUUUUUUAUAUUUAAAGGGGGGGGGAGAGACAAAGGAGGAGGGAAAGAUGGCAUUCGCUUGCAAGACUUGACGGAGCAGGAGAGAGAAACGGGGAGAGAGGCCUGAAGGGAGAAAAUUGGCUUGCAGGGACUCUCUGGCAUGGCAGAAAAUGUCACAAAGUCAAACAGCGCAAGUCGGCAUGUGGGCAAAUCCCUAGCAGCCUGGUGAGGAAGGGAUCGCCGUUUUGAGAGUGGGAGAAUGCACCCAUUGGUUAAACUCUAGCUCAUAGACAGCGGAUCACUCUUUAGCCUUGUUCUCACCCAUUCAUUUCCAUGAGGUUUGCUCCGGAGAACUUCUAAAGAGGGUACACCUGGGAGUCAGACCAGUCAACCACUUUGAACACCACCCAUUCUGGCUGGGAGCUAAUGUUUUAGCUUAUGCAAAAGAGCUGACCUGGAUACUCAAUUGGGCUGUCUCUCCCUUCUUCUAAUCCUCGCCCCCAGUCUUCAAUCGAAAAUGCGAGAAACAAGGUGAUAAAAUGGCUUGUCUAAAAUUGUGUGUCACAAGGCCACACCGCACCACCAAUGCCUCACCCCCAUGUAGACACAACUACCAUGACUGACCCUGACUCCAGCAGCAAAGAUCACUAGGAAAGUGAGUACCCACAGUGCAAAUUCUGGCAGAUGCGCAGGAACAUUUCACAAUGCAAAGGAAGUAUAUUGAAACUGUGUGUUUGCAGAGCUGCAAGGAAGUCAGGUACUAAUUUUGAAUUCCUCUGUGAUUCUCAGGAAAACAGGAGGACAUUCUCAAAGAACUUGGCCAGGUGUCUGGCACAAUCCAGCCAAGAUGCCCUUAUGGCAGUGGUAUGAAGCUUUACACUCUCAGGGGACCUUUUCCACAUUUGACCUGCCUGCACAACAACCCCUGAGUAUUUACAAAGACUCUGGGUGCUUUCUCAGGCACAGACUCAAUUAUGCAAGGGUGAGAGCUCUCUGUUUGCUCCAAAUAACAGGCCAUGCACCUUGUUUCAUCCCGCAAUGCUCUGCAGCGCACAAACCAGGGAAAGAUCAAUUCACGGUAAACAAAAUUGUUUUCCAUAAAAUUUUGUCCACAGUAAUGAAUCUUCUUAUCUCCUGAAUUGAGUUUCAAUGAAUUCCAGGCACCACAGGAAAAACAAACAGUAGUGAUGACCAGCUGCUCUCCAGCCAGUUUCGUGAGCAGCCCCUGGUUUCAACUGCCCUUUGCUCCCUGUUCUUCUCUGUCAGAUUAUCAUAAAGAUUAAUUUUGGAAUUGGUGAAUGUUUCAGUUGCUGCUGUUUUCCAGCUGCCUCUGGUUUCUUUCCUGCAGAGAUGUGCAUUGAUUAAAUCACAGCACAAAAGGGAUCUUGACUUGAUCACAUGAACAUGACUUCAUGCCCCGUGAUUUAGUCCAUGUCCAUAUGUGUCAGAGACAUGUCCGUAACUGGCAAAGAAAUGGCAAAUUAUGGCAAGAUGCACAUAUGCUGAGGUCAGAAAGCAGUCUAAUACAUUGAUGCUGCUCUGGAAACAAGGUAAAUUCAUGUUAGAACUGGCAAUCCAGAGAGAAAUUCGGGUGAGAUUUCCUAAGCAUACCUGUGAAAACGACUGGCCUUUGCCAUCCACCCUAAAUUUGACUGGACUUGCCAUUUUACCAGUGCCAUCCCAAAGCAGGCUUAUAUCCUUCUAAAGCCAUUGAAGUCAAUGGACUUGGAAGGGCAAAACUCUGCUUUUGAUUGCGCUGUAAAGCACUCAUGCAUCCAUUUACAACACAGCCAGGGUUUUGGAUUUCUUGUUCUCGAGACCCAACACAGGGGCUGACAGUCUGUCCCCAUCUCUUUCUCCCUCUCUGCUCCAGUUGCCGCAGGACAGACCGUGUCUCCCGUGGUCCACAGGCCAUGAAGUGUGGCUUCCUUGUCCCCUCCAGCCCAUUCCCCCAGCCCCUUUCAGGAUGUUGUGAGUUUGCACCUGAUGCUUCCUGACAUAUGUGCAGUAUAAGGAAUGGCCGCAUGCCUCACUAGCCUUUUUACUCGAGCAUCUCCCUGAACCUCCUUUCACAGCACAACCUGGGGAGACAGUUGCCAGUUCCUGAUCUCUGUAACUACUUGAUAUUACUUCAGUCACUGUAUAUUUUAAUAAAAUAAGCUUGAAAAGACAAA